ACAGUUUCCCGACGACGUCAAAAACAAGCAUUCUAAAAUAGAUGCCGGUAAGUCGGACAUUUUCGCCCGUUAUUGUUAUUUAAAGUUCCUUAGCCGUGUGUGUGUGCGUCAAAUUUAAAAUUAUUAUCUUCGUAAAUUGUUCUCGGUUUUUCGUAAAACAUCCGAAGCAAUGGCCUACAGUUGGGAUAACAGAGUUAGCUUUGUCGUUAAGUAUUUGUACGAUAUAGAUAAUAAUGGAUACUUGGACGAAAGGGAUUUCGCAUGUUUGGCACUUCGAGCCACUAUCAUCGAAGGAAAAGGGGAGUUCAGCUUUUCAAAACUGCAAGAAAAUCACCACAUAAUGUUGAGUCUCUGGGAGGAAAUUGCGGAACUAGCCGAUUUCAAUAAGGACCUUUUGCAGGAUGGCAAGAUAACAGUCGAAGAGUUUAAGCAAGCUGUCCAGCAGUGUUGUAUGGGCCGCCGGUACGAGGAUUUUCCACAGGCCAUGAAAAUGUUUAUAGAUUCCAAUUUUAAAAUGGUUGACUUGAAUGAUGAUGGAGUGAUAGAUGCUGACGAAUAUAGAUUUAACUGUAUUACGAAAUUUCCUAUCGACGACGUGGAAGUGGUAGAUGAAGCAUUUAACAGUAUGUUAAGUGAUGAUGAUAGGAGAAGAGGCGGACUUACGCUCUCGAGAUACGAAGAAUUAUAUGCUCAGUUUCUUGGAAACCCUGAAGAAACUUCAGCAGUUUACCUCUUCGGUCCCUUAUCGGAAUUUUUCAACGAGUUUGAGUCUUAGUUAACUGCCAAUUCUAAUACAAUGUUUUUUUAUUAAAUAAAAU